AUGUCGACUAAGGCGCUUAUUCUUGUUGGAGGAGGUACUCGUGGUACCCGGUUCAGACCCAUCAGUUUGGACACCCCAAAGGUUCUUUUCCCCGUGGCAGGAAAGCCCAUGUUGUCGCAUGCUAUUGACGCUGUGGCCACUUUGCCCUCGGUCAAGGAGAUCAUUUUGUUUGGUUUCUACGAGGAGUAUGUGUUCAGAGACUUUAUCCACGACACCGUCCGUCAGUACCCCCACCUCUCGAUUAAAUAUUUGAGAGAGUACAAGGCCAUGGGCACGGCAGGUGGUUUAUACCAUUUCCGAGACGAGAUUCUCAAGGGCUCACCCCAGCACUUCUACGUGAUCCAUGCUGAUGUUUGCUCGUCGUUCCCCUUGAAAGAAUUGGCCACUUUCUUCGAGGAAAAGAAAGCUAAAGCAGUUAUUCUUGGAACUCGUGUGCCUGCUAAGAUUGCUAAUAACUUUGGUGCUAUUGUAGCCGACGAGGACCAGAAAGUGGUUCAUUAUGUGGAGAAACCCGAGUCACACAUUUCGACUUUGAUUAAUGCCGGUGUGUAUUUGUUUGAUAAGAGCUUUUUCCAGGUGAUGAAAGAGGCUCGUCAAAAGAAGGUUCAAGAUGCUAAUGAUCAUGUUUACUUCUCGGAAGACCAGAAUGACCAGGAUAUCCUGCGUUUGGAACAGGAUGUGCUUGUUAAGUUUGCCGAGCGCGAGGAGUUGUAUGUGUAUGAAACCAAGGAUUUCUGGCGUCAAGUGAAAGAAGCCGGAUCUGCUGUGGCUGUGAACUCGUUGUAUUUGCAACAACUUUUCCAAUCAAAUCCCAAGGCUCCUGGUUUGGCUGCUCCUUCGGCUAAUAUCGUGCCUCCUGUGUUUAUUGAUCCACUUGCCGAGGUCGAUGUGUCUGCUAAAUUAGGACCCGAUGUGUCGAUUGGACCUCAUGCCAAGAUUGGAAAGGGAGCCCGAAUCAAGGAUUCGAUUAUUCUCGAGCACGCGCAAGUCAAGGAUAACGGCGUAGUUCUACACUCGAUCCUGUGUAGCGGUACGAAGGUAGGCCAAUGGUCGCGAGUUGAGGGUUCGCCUAACAACCACAAUACUUACACCGCCACCACCGAAAAAGACGGUGUCCGCAUGCAAACCGUGUCCAUCCUUGCCACCAACGUCAGCGUGGCCGACGAGGUCCACGUGCAAAACACCAUCGUCCUGCCCCACAAGGAGAUCAAGAACGAUGUCAAGAACGAGGUCAUCAUGUAA